AUGUGGAGGGCAGCGCUCCCUGUCAGCGUCUCUUCCUAUGAUCUGCAGGGAGAAAAUGGCGAAGGAACUCCAGCUGUGAGGAACGGAGUCUUUAUUACACAUCACACGUUCUGUAUACUCUCUGAUUCACAGAGGAUGGACAAGGACAGGAGUCACAGGACUGAGAGGAUAAUAAAUAUCACCCUGGAGAUCAUCUACCUGCUGACUGGGGAGGAUUACACAGUAGUGAAGAAGACAUCCAAUGAGUGUGAGAUACUCAACAGCCAUCCCCGUGAGUCAGGAGGACUAAGUAGAACCCAGAGCCCCAUCCCAGUGCCUCCACCUCACUCACUAAUACAUAAGAGACACAAUGACCAGAAGAUCCUGGAACUCACCAACAGGAUCAUUCAGCUGAUGACAGGAGAGGAGGGGGUGUAUAUAGAGGAACACAGGGGUCUGUACAAGGACGUGAUGAUGGAGAAUCACCGGCCCCUCACAUCACUGGAUGGGCCCAGUAACAGAGAUACCCCAGAGAGAUGUCCCCGUCCUCUGUAUUCCCAGGAUUGUACAGAGGAGAAUCACAGGAUCCCACAGGAGGAUCAGGGUGAAGCCCAAUUAAAUAAUAUUAAAAUAAAAGAUAUAGAGGGAGAAGAAGAGACGUAUGUGACUGAUAUAAAGGCAGAAGAUAUAGAAGGAGAAGAAGAGACGUAUGUGACUGAUAUAAAGGCAGAAGAUCUAGAGGGAGAAGAUGAGACGUAUGUGAUUGAUUUAAAGGCAGAAGAUAUAGAAGGAGAAGAAGAGACGUAUUUGACUGAUAUAAAGGCAGAAGAUCUAAAGGGAGAAGAAGAGACGUAUGUGACUGAUAUAAAGGCAGAAGAUCUAGAGGGAGAAGAAGAGACGUAUGUGACUGAUAUAAAGGCAGAAGAUAUAGUAGGAGAAGAAGAGACGUAUGUGACUGAUAUAAAGGCAGAAGACAUAGAUGGAGAAGAAGAGACGUAUGUGACUGAUAUAAAGGCAGAAGAUAUAGAGGGAGAAGAAGAGACGUAUGUGACUGAUAUAAAGGCAGAAGAUACAGAGGGAGAAAAAGAGAUGUAUGCGACUGAUUUAAAGGCAGAAGAUAUAGAAGGAGAAGAAGAGACGUAUGUGACUGAUAUAAAGGCAGAAGACAUAGAUGGAGAAGAAGAGACGUAUGUGACUGAUAUAAAGGCAGAAGAUAUAGAGGGAGAAGAAGAGACGUAUGUGACUGAUAUAAAGACAGAAGAUCUAGAGGGAGAAGAAGAGACGUAUGUGACUGAUAUAAAGGCAGAAGAUAUAGAGGUAGAAGAAGAGACGUAUGUGACUGAUAUAAAGGCAGAAGAUACGGAGGGAGAAGAAGAGAUGUAUGUGACUGAUAUAAAGGCAGAAGAUAUAGAGGGAGAAGAAGAGACGUAUGUGAGGGGUGAUCAGCAGUGUAAGGAGUUGGAGAUCCCUAAAGAUAUCAGCACAGAUGUACACACAAGCAGGAAUAUCCCAGAAGGACAUCUAUUGUUCACACCGGAUUGUGAAAUAAAAGAUAAUGACAGUAUACAGGAUUCUCCAGGAGAUAACCCCAUUACCCCAAUUAUACAUCCAGCUCUAUCAGCUCAUCCCUCUGAUCCUGGGGAAUGUUCUCCUGAUCACUCUGAUAUUGGUGCAUCUGGUACAGCUCUGAGAGUAGAUACAGUGUUUCCCUGUUCUAGAGAUGCCAAAUGUUUUACACAGAACACAAAGUGUAUUACCCAUCAUCCAGCUAAGGCAGGUGAGAGGCCACUGAUAUGUUCUGAGUGUGGGAAAUGUUUUACAUACAAAUCAAAUCUUAUUAAACAUCAGAUAAGUCACACAGGUGAGAAGCCAUUUCCAUGUUCUGAGUGUGGGAAAUGUUUUGCUUACAAAUCAGAUCUUGUUUUACAUCAGAGAAUUCACACAGGUGAGAAUCUAUUUCCUUGCUCUGAGUGUGGAAAAUGUUUUACGCGGAAAUCAGAUCUUAUUAAACAUGAGAGAAGUCACACAGGUGAGAAGCCAUUUCCAUGUUCUGAGUGUGGGAAAUGUUUUACACACAAAUCAGAUCUUGUUAUACAUCAGAGAAUUCACACAGGAGAGAAGCCAUUUUCUUGCUCUGACUGUGGGAAAAGUUUUACCCGGAAUUUUCAACUUGUUAGACAUCAGAUAAUUCACACAGGUGAGAAGCCAUUUCCAUGUUCUGAGUGUGAGAAAUGUUUUGCACACAAAUCAGAUCUUGUUACACAUCAGAGAAGUCACACAGGUGAGAAGCCAUUUCCAUGUUCUGAGUGUGGGAAAUGUUUUGCACACAAAUCAGAUCUUGUUUUACAUCAGAGAAUUCACACAGGUGAGAAUCUAUUUCCUUGCUCUGAGUGUGUUAAAUGUUUUACGCGGAAAUCAGAUCUUAUUAAACAUGAGAGAAGUCACACAGGUGAGAAGCCAUUUCCAUGUUCUGAGUGUGGGAAAUGUUUUGCACACAAAUCAGAUCUUGUUACACAUCAAAGAAGUCACACAGGAGAGGAGCCAUUUUCUUGCUCUGAGUGUGGGAAAAGUUUUGCCCGGAAUUCUCAACUUGUUAGACAUGAGAGAAGUCACACAGGUGAGAAGCCAUUUCCAUGUUCUGAGUGUGGGAAAUGUUUUGCACACAAAUCAGGUCUUGUUACACAUCAGAGAAGUCACACAGGUGAGAAGCCAUUUCCAUGUUCUGAGUGUGGGAAAUGUUUUGCAUACAAAUCAGGUCUUGUUACACAUCAGAGAAGUCAAACAGGUAAGAGGCCAUUUCCAUGCUCUGAGAAAUAAAUCACUCUUGUUGCGCACACAAUAGACAUCACUCAGGUGAGGAAACAUUUUAUUCUUCUGGAGUAUACUGAUCAUUGCCAUGGAAUGUUCUUCAAGGUUCUUAUGCUAUCUCCCAUGCUUUUUGCAAUAUACAUACUACCGCAGGAUGAAACAAAGAGAUGUCAUGUUUUUGUCUACCACUGCUAUGCAGAUGACCUGUCUUUUUCUCCGGGUACUGGGAACCCAGUACCAAUCCUAAAUGGUUGUGUAGCUGAGCUCCCGGUGUGGGUGAUGCCAGUUGACUGUGACUCAGUCCUGGUGAAACAGGUCCUUAUGAUAGAAGCUCACCAACAAAGAGCAGGGCUACAGCUCAGCAUUGCAAACCAACCUUACUUACGCUUGGGGGUUCAAAGUUACAAAAUGCUGAUCAUGUGCAGAAUCUUGGUGUCCUAGAUGGUGGAGUGACACUUGGACAUUGGUAUCAGCCACAAUUAGAUCCUCAUCUGAGGAACAUAGCCAGCCUCCCGCACUUAUUUCCCACAGAAUAUCUACCUACAGUCAUACAUGUACUUGUAUCAUCACACAUAGACAACUGCAAUGUCCUCUACCUGGGUCUCCCAGCAAUAGAAUUGCACCGCUUGUAGCUUGUACAGAAUGCAGCAGCCAGGCUGUUACCUAACCAGCUAGUUCCUGCCACAUAACACCCAUUCUCUACUCCCUUCACCGGCCGCCUGUAAAAUGGUGACUCUAUUACAUAAUCUUACUGACUCUCCCAGCCCUACAUGACCAGGGUCCAUGUUACCAGAAGCAGCUUCUGUCUCCUUAUUGGCCUGCUUGCUUACUUCCAUCUGCAGAUGACGGACUGUUACCAGCAGUACCAAGAAUCCCCAAGCAGUGCUAAGAUGUCAGGGGGGAGACAGGGUGGUGGCACUUGUGCUGUAGCGGGGGCUGUCGGAAACACUGUCAUUGGGUAAUAUCCCCAAGCAGCGCUGAGGUGGCACAGGGUAGAUGGCAGUAGUGUAGUAGUGGGGGCUGCCGGAAGCAGUGUCUAUGUGGGUAAUCUUGUCCUCAAGCUGCACUGAGGUGG